AUGCGCUUUCCUCAAGUCCCUCUCAUUGCCUCCCUUGGCAUUUUCAGCGCAGCCACUCCGCAUGUGGACGUUGCCAUCAUCGGAGGAGGCCUCUCUGGUCUUGCUACAGCAAAGGAUCUUGCGUCUGCUGGAAAGACCUUUGCAGUGCUUGAAGCCCGAGAUCGUGUUGGAGGCCGGGUACUCAACCAAGAUCUCCCUGGGGGAGGGGUGGAAGAGCUCGGGGCCCAGUUUGUUGGACCAAGCCAGUACCGCGCUCUCGCUCUCGCUUCUGAGUUGGGGCUGAAGACCUACAAGACCUACAACACUGGGAACUCGACGUUUCUACGAAAUGGCACCAUUUCCCACUACGCAGAAAAUGAUGAGCGCAUCCCCCCUGUUGGAAAAGAGUCGCUGCUGGAACUUGCGAAUUUCAUUGGGGAAUUCAACGAAAUGGCCAGUAAAGUCAAUGUCGAGUCACCAUGGAAGUCACCUAAUGCCACGGCGCUGGACUCUAUCACACUCGGCAGCUACGUAAAGUCUGCUAUCUCGACCGCUGAUGCGCGGAUGAUCAUCGAGAACGCAAUUUCCGCGAUCUUAUCAACCGAGGUACAAGAACCUUCUCUGCUGUUCAUGCUGUGGUACACUGCGGGGGCAGGUAACGGGACUCGCCCUGGAACUCUUCAAGAUCUCGUUGGCACAACAGGCUUUGCUCAAGACAGUCGUAUCUACGGAGGCACUCACCUCUUAGCUACUCGACUGGCAAAGAAGUUGGGAACGGAAAACAUUCAUCUCCAGGCCCCAGUGCACCAGGUCACAUUUGAGAACGGUCUUUACACCGUGAAAUCGGAUGCUGUGACUGUGCGGGCCAAGCAUGUCGUCGUGGCCAUGUCUCCACCGUUGGCAAGCCGGAUCUCUUUCAGUCCGUUGCUCCCUGCAGGGCGAGACCAGCUAUCGCAGCGGAUGCCUAUGGGCGCUAUCGGGAAGGCAAUUGCUAUCUUCCCAAAGCCGUGGUGGCGGGAGCAGGGUCUCAAUGGACAAGCCUUGAGUGACACGGGGGUGAUUCGAACGACUUUCGACAGCUCUCCUGCCAACUCAUCCCAUGGUGCCCUUAUGGGAUUCAUCGAAGCGGACCAGAUGCGCAAGCUCGAUGCACUCACAGAAGAUGAGGUCAAAGUUCAAGUUAAGGAAAGCUUGACAGCGUUGUUUGGGUCUCAGGUUGAGUCUCUCACAGAUAUUCUUAUCCAGCGGUGGGACUUGGAAGAAUUCUCGCGAGGCGGUCCCGUUGCUUAUGGACCUCCUGGGCUCCUCACUCAAUAUGGACCUUAUCUCCGUUCUCCUGUGGGCAACAUUCACUUUGCGGGCACGGAAACAGCCCUUGGGUGGGCGGGAUAUAUGGAUGGGGCUAUCAGUUCCGGGGAACGGACUGCGGCGGAAAUCCUCAAAGACUUCUAG